CAAAGUGCUCAAAACCAGUUCAUAUGCGCUGAAAACGCACAAUCUGGCAACCUCGGAUGGAACGUCUUCUCACAAAGCUCCGCCUCCAGCCUACGUACUUGAAGAAAUUGCUCUACAAAUAAGGAUUUAAGUUGAAGAGAUUUAUUUGGAAAGAAAAGGAGAGAUUGUGAUCUUAUCAAGAACAUGCACGUUUUAAAAUUUAUGAGCAGAAACGAGAAAUCAAUCGUAAAUGUAUUGGUUGAGAGGGCGUGGCCAAUUUUCCCCACAUUUAUAAACAGUCUCGCCUCGCAUAACUUUACAGUAGCGUCUCUCCUUCUCGCGACACUCUUCCCAAAAACAGAAUUCCAGUCGUGUUUUUGGCAAUAGGAGAUGAAGAGGAGGUUAAACAAGAAAUUCUUGAUUGUGAUCGUCGCAUAUUCGGGAUUACUUUUGCUAAUCGCGUACGUGUUAGAUUACCGGGAUAAAUCCGCCGAGCACGCCAAGCUUCCGCAGCAACAGCCCAGAUGCUCAGAUUUGGAGAACACGGUGGCGCUUCUGUGGGAUAACAAUGGCUUCAAAGUCAACGGCAGCGACGCGGCGGAGGGCAGAUUCAACAGGAGUCAUCCGCGGAUCCACAUCUACCUGCACGCCACUUGGAGGACCGGCUCGUCGUUUUUGGGGGAGUUGUUCAACCAGCACCCCGACGUCUUCUACCUGUACGAGCCCAUGUGGCACAUUUGGCAGGCGCUGUACCCCGGGGACGCGGGCAGCCUGCAGGGCGCGGUGCGGGACAUGCUCAGCUCCCUGUACCGCUGCGACUUCUCGGUGCUGAAACUUUACGCCGGAACGCAGAACAUCUCCACGUCCUUCAUCUUCGGCUGGAAAACCAACAAGGUGAUCUGCUCGGAGCCGCUGUGUGACGCGCACAAGCGCCACGAGAUCGGGCUGGUGAAGGAGGACCAGUGCGCAAAAUGCAGGAGAAGGGACAUCAGGGAUCUGGAGGUGGAGUGCAAGAAGUACCCCGUGAUGGUGAUCAAAGGGGUCCGCGUGCUGGACCUGAGCACCCUGGUCCCCUUGAUGAAGGACUCUGCCAUAAACCUGCAGAUCAUCCAGCUCUUCAGAGACCCCAGAGCCGUGCACAACUCCCGCCUGAAGUCCAAGCAGGCUCUGGUGAAGGAGAGCAUCCAGGUGCUGAGGAGCAAGAAGCAGACGGACAAGUACAAGCGGCUGCUGGUGCCGAGCAACAGGAUGAACCGGGCGGAGAGCUACGUCUCCAGCGCCAUGGAGCUCAUCUGUGACAACUGGCUGGGUGACAUGAUGCUGGUGACCAACGCGCCCCCGUGGCUGAGCAGAAACUAUGUGCGCGUGCGCUACGAGGACCUGGUCCUGCACCCCAUGGAGGAGCUCCAGAGGAUGCUGCGCUUCGCCAACCUCUCCUCAUUUCCAGCUCUGGAGAAGUUUGCGCUGAACAUGACGCGCGGACAGGGCUACUCCUCAGAGAAGCCCUUCCUGAUCUCGUCCAGGGACGCAAAGGAGGCCAUCUAUGCGUGGAGGGAGCGCCUGAACGUGGAGCAGAUCAACCAGGUGGAGGCCUACUGCAGUGAGGUGAUGAGGCAGCUGGGGUACGAGAGAAACAACGUGGACAAAGCAGCAUGAAGGGGAAGAAGAGUCCUGGUAUUCACAGCUGAGGGCAGAAAGGUGGAAAAGCAAAACAAGCUGCAGGAAUGCAGUCCUCCAGGAGGUCUCGAGCGAGCCUCUGGGGUUGUUUUUCCCCUCACCCGAGCCCGCUCGAUGAACUGGAGAAAAUCCCAGCAGAAAGGGCAGCCUAUCACAGACGGGUACAUCUGAAACCGGGAGAAGGCAGCUUGUUAUUCUAGUCCUGCUUUUCUGACACCCACGUGGUCCCUGGAGAUGGGGAGAAGGUGGAGUGGAGGGAAUACUACAUACAAGGCUGAUUUGUGCUACAGUUCACUGCUCAGCCUUUGUCUUUCAGUCUUCCUGUAACACUAAUCCCUCCUAGGACCCCCUGUGAGCAGGGGCCAUAAAAACACCAGGAUUGCAGGGAAGCAGCAUCUCUCUCUCGAGUGACCCGUCCGACCCAUGACUAAGCUUUCUUGAGCAAUACUGAUACUAGAGCAGUAGUAACAAAGCUAAAAGAAGAAACUACAGUUUUUCGGGGGGGGGGAAAGGACCCUGAAUGCACCGAGCAACUGGCCCCUGAAGGAUCUCCACAGCUGCAGCACCCCACUGAUAGAUUAUACACACGGGUGUGAGUUUGUCUAACUUCCUGCAUGCUCCUUGGAGAACAGCCUUCACAAACAGAACACUUUGCAAGAUUUCACGUGGUACUGAUCCAUAUACUGCUCACAUGUUUCAGUUGUUGUUUAAAAAUGUGAAACGGGAAUGAGAGGGAGGAGCUUCCCCGCCGUCCAUGCGGCUCGUUCCAGGAGCCAGUUCUGGACGAAAUGUUCCAGAGUUUGGAAGAUCUCAGGUCAAAGCGAGAAAAGGUGUUGUGGUCAGCACUGCUGUCUUUAUGUACGGUUCAUUUUUUAGGUCAAGUUCAUUGAUGAAGGGGUUAACAUGAUCUUAAAGGGUUUUUUGUGUUAAAAAAACUGUUAAAACAGGAGCCAGUGGAUCAUAGAGAUGAACAUGUUCUGAGUUUGUUAGCGAGCAGUCGUAAGCACUUUGAGAAUUGAACUUUGUACUGAACACAUGUCUGAAGUUAAUAAAAUUAGUUUCAGUGUGCCUCA